ACGUCUCGACGGACUGGUCAGUUUGGUUCAGUACGGCGUAUAAAGUAGCCCACUUGAGAUCGUACACAGAUUAAAAUUGAAAGGAACGCCUCUCACGUCGUUAUGACCAAUCUCUAUGGUCUUGACGGGCAAAGAGCGAGCUCGUAUGGUCGGUGAAUUAAAAUUCCACGCGUCAAAACAAAGUGGAGUGCCACCGCGCGUUGAGGCCUAGGCUUAGGGCUCGGAUUAGACGAUCUGGUCGCCGAUACUGGUAGCGCGGUUUGUGGUGGUUGUGCGUUUUUGGUGCGAAGGGGUGAGAGUCAUGGUGUUGUCAUCGGAUAGGUGAUGGAGGACAAUUGCACGAUGAGGCCAUGCGCCACGGACUUUAGCAUUGCCGCGAUUAUGUCCAGGCAUGGACGAGGCGCCAGGACUAGGUGCAGAGAGCGCGAUCCGGCGGACAAUAUCGGCCCGCUGGAAAAAUUCGUUGAAAGCUCUGCCACCUCCGUAUCGUCAACUCCCGAACCCGUGGGUCUAGAUUGCACCGUGGUUAGCCCUGCGGACACAGGCAGUGGUCGAGAUUCCCCAGUUGAUGUGUCCUCCACCUCUGAAAACGGGGUGAGCAGCCCUCAACUCAGCGAAUCGAGGUCCUCCAGCACUAAAAACCCCCAGCUUCAGGAAAUCUGCACCAGCGAAGAGCUGACGAACGUUACCUGUCACCUAGAGACCAAAGACUUGUGGGACAAGUUCAACGAGCUGGGCACGGAGAUGAUAAUCACCAAGACUGGGAGCAGGAGGAUGUUUCCAACAGUUAGGGUUUCUUUCACUGGAAUCAGGCCUGACCAAAGGUAUGCCGUGAUCCUCGACAUAGUUCCUGUAGAUAAUAAAAGGUAUCGGUACGCUUAUCACAGAUCGUCUUGGUUAGUGGCUGGGAAAGCAGACCCUCCAGCACCCUGUAGGAAAUAUGCACACCCAGACUCGCCUUAUACUGGGGAACAACUGAGGAAACAAGUGGUAUCUUUCGAGAAGGUCAAAUUGACCAACAACGAGAUGGACAAACAUGGACAUUUGGUCCUUAACUCCAUGCACAAGUACCAACCAAGAGUACAUCUAGUGAUAAGACCGGAUGGUGCCCCUGGUAACGUUGUUGAUUUGGAAAAUGAAGCUUACAAAACCUUCAUAUUUCCUGAAACUGUUUUCACUGCAGUCACAGCAUAUCAAAACCAGCUGAUCACAAAGUUGAAGAUAGACAGCAACCCCUUCGCCAAAGGCUUCCGGGACUCCUCAAGACUGACAGAAUUCGAGAGUAGUUUCGUUUCCAGGGAAACCAUGGAGUCCAUGCUGGCAGAGCAGCACUAUCUUCGCUCCCCCCUACGACCCUUCGCCGAGCUGGACACACACAACAACAACCUCUCCUACGAGGAAAAAGCGCUGCUGGCGGCUAGAUCUCAACUCUUCCUACGAGCUGCUGCAGCGGCUGCUUCACCUUAUGGUUCGCUGAUGGGGGGAUUGUAUGGUGCCACUGGUAGCCAGCCAUCUCCUAUGCCGCCAGGGGUCUUAUGGAACCAAUGGGCUUGUUUGGGACCGUCUUUGUUAGCGGCGCAGCAUCAGAAUCAGCUAAACAUUUUAGCUGCUGCAAGUAGCUCGGGCAUGGCUUCUCCGAUUUCUCCCAUAGCCAGACCUCUGGCGCAGCACAGAUAUUCACCUUACGCACAGCCUUCCAGAUCUUCCCCCGAUACUAGUUUGAGAGAUGAUCGGGAUUCCCCUAGCAGCCCCUCUUAAUAGGGAUGCUUCGUGAUAAUUUUAGGCAUUUGAAAAUCGUAUAUUUGGAAUACUUGAGUGUACGAUAUAUCUAAGAAGUGCGUGUAUAAUCUGGAGAAUUGAAUGAACUGAAUUUUUGAAACUUCUUCAGUGAAAUUUUGUUUAGCGGCUGAAAAUUUCUCUUUCCCGAUUCUUUAACCGUCAGAAUGGAAUGAAAUGUAUAUAAAAGUGCUUUAAAUAUGUAUAUAAAAAGGUGUUAUUCCUCCCAAGUAAUUUCAUAACCUUGUAAAGUGAAUUUGUAUAUAGUUCUUAUAUAAUUUAUUAUAAAAAAUAUAAUAGAACGAUCUAUUUAUAUCCUAGAAUUCUUUAUUUGAAAGAGCACAAGAUGAAAGUGAUAAGAUAAAAAUUAAUAUUAAUUUUAUCGUAUUUCAAACUAAUCAAUUAAUCAUUCUAAUGUUAAACUGUUCAUUGUACUUUUCCAAGAAGUGCUUAAAUAUGGGAUCUUCCGUACUUUCGUGUAAAGUUUGAAAUGUAUCUUUCAACGAUAAAAUUAAGCAGCGUCAUUAAUCCUUGACGAUCUCAAUGGAAAGAUGGAAAAAACCGGGUUGUCGAGUGAAACAACCGGCCUUUUUCUGAUGUUAUUAAUUGUACCGAAGCAUCUUCGACUAGUAUCGUGCCUAAUGACCAUGUCGAAGUUUCUUCUUCUACUUAUUGUAAAUCUUUCAAUAAAAGUCUAUACUGAAA